GGUGAGAUCUGGGCUGAGGGUCAGGGGGCUCUGCUCUGCAAGGGAUUUGAUCAGGGCCAGGUCUGUGACCUGAAGGGAAGUGUCUGGUCCAGCCAAGGUCCCCACUGCUGCAGCAUAUGUGUGGGAUUCACCAGGUGGGGGGUGAGUUCUGAAGAAAGUGGUGGAAAGACUUACUUGUUGGUCUCUGUGUAGGAGUUUACUGUCCCUGAAUGCCUCCUAUGGCAGUAGCGCAGAGGACCUUUUUUUCCAUGUGUUGAGGUCUUCCCUGUGUGUGGUUAUGACACAGGAAGGGGGUGUGUUGAUUCUAACCAUUAAACAACAUAUUUUCAGCUUUCAAGAGCUCUAAAGACUAAUGUUGCUUGAGGAAGAAGCCCAGAAGAGGAAGAAGGAGGAGUCAGAAAUGGAUCUUUCUCAGGGACGGUUGACGUUCAAGGAUGUGGCCAUCGAAUUCUCUCAGGAGGAGUGGGAAUACCUGGACCCUGCUCAGAGGGCCUUGUACAGGGACGUGAUGUUGGAGAACUACAGCAACCUGCUCUGCCUGGAUGUCUCUCCUACAUAUGUGAUCAAGAAAUUACAACCAAAAGAGAACAGUAGUACAGGAGAAGUAUUCCAAACAUUGAUGUUGGGAAGACAUGAAAGCCAAGAAAUCAAAGAUUUUUACUUCAGGGAAAUCCAGAAAAAUAUGCAUGAAUUUGAGUGUCAGUGGAGAAAUGAUGAAAGAAGUUACCAAGGAGUGCCUGUAACCUGUAAAAAAAAUCUCACUAACAGAAGAGAUCAACAUGGUAGAAAGGAUGCAGGAAACAAGCUUUUUGAGAAUAGGCUUGGACUAAGCCUUCAGGAUGAACUGCAGGUGUUUCAAAUGGAAGGGGAAACUUAUGAAUGUAAUCAGGUUGAGAUGUCUAUCAACAAUAGUUUUUCAGCUUCACCACUUCAAAUAAUUCCUCCUAGUGUCCAAACCAAUAUUUCUAAUAAAUGUGGGAAUGAUUUUAUGCAUCCUUCAAUACUGACACAAGACCAGAAAGCACACAGAGAAAAACUUUACCAAUGUAAUGAGUGUGGCAAAACCUUUAAUCGGGGCUCACACCUUACUAGACAUCAGAUAAUCCAUACAGGAGAGAAACCAUAUAAAUGUGAUGUAUGUGGCAAGGUCUUUAGUCAAAAGUCAAACCUUGCAAGUCAUCAGAGAAUUCAUACUGGGGAGAAACCUUACAAAUGUAAUGAGUGUGGCAAGGUCUUUAGCCAAAAUUCACACCUUGCAAAUCAUCGGAGGAUACAUACUGGAGAGAAGCCUUACAAAUGUAAUGAGUGUGGCAAAGCCUUUAGUGUGCGUUCAAGCCUAAUGAACCAUCAAGUAAUCCAUACUGGAGACAAACCUUACCAAUGUAAAGAAUGCAACAAGGGUUUUUCCCAAAGUUCCAAACUUGUAAAACAUCAUAGAAUUCAUAGUGGAGAGAAACCACGCAAAUGUAAUGAAUGUGGUAAAGCUUUUAUCCAAAGUUCAAGCCUGGUUGCCCAUCAGAAAAUUCAUACUGGAGAGAAACCAUACAAAUGUAAUGAAUGUGGCAAAGCUUUUAGUUUGCAUUCAAGCCUAACUAACCAUCAGGUAAUCCACACUGGAGAGAAAUCUUACCAAUGCAAUGAAUGUGGUAAGGCUUUUAUCAAGCAUUCACACCUUAGGCAUCAUGAGAGAAUUCAUACUGGAGAGAAGCCAUAUAAAUGUACUGAAUGUGGCAAGGCCUUUAGGCAAUGGUCUGACAUUAGGAUUCACCAAAGAAUUCAUGCUGGAGAAAAACCUUUCAAAUGUAAUGAGUGUGGCAAAGCCUUUACCCAGGGCUCCCACCUCACUAAACACCAGAUAAUCCAUACAGGAGAGAAACCAUAUAAAUGUGAUAUAUGUGGCAAGGUCUUCAGUCAAAAUUCACACCUUGCAAGUCAUCGGAGAAUUCAUACUGGGGAGAAACCAUACAAAUGUAAUGAGUGUGGGAAAACCUUUAGUGUACGGUCAAGCCUAACUUACCAUCAGGUAAUCCACACUGGAGAGAAACGUUAUAAAUGCAAUGAAUGUAGCAAGACUUUUAUCAGGCAUUCACACCUUAGGCAUCAUGAGAGAAUUCAUACUGGAGAGAAGCCAUAUAAAUGUACUGAAUGUGGCAAGACCUUUAGGCAAUGGUCUGACAUUAGGAUUCACCAAAGAAUUCAUGUUGGAGAGAAACCUUUUAAAUGUUAUGAGUGUGGCAAAGCUUUUACUCAGAGCUCACACCUCACUACACAUCAGAUAAUUCAUACUGGUGAGAAACUACAUAAAUGUGACAUAUGUGGCAAGGUCUUCCGUCAAAAUUCACACCUUGCAAGUCAUCAUAGAAUUCAUACUGGAGAGAAACCUUACAAAUGUAAUGAAUGUGGCAGAGUCUUCAGUCAAAAUUCACACCUUGUAAACCACCAGAGAAUUCAUACUGGAGAAAGACCUUAUAAAUGUAAUGAAUGUGGUAAAUCCUUCAGUGUAUAUUCAAGCCUAAGUAAACAUGAGGUAAUCCAUACUGGUGAGAGACCUUACAAAUGUAAUGAAUGUGGAAAGGCUUUUAGCAGGUGUUCACACCUUAGGCUUCAUGAGAAAAUUCAUACUGGAGAGAAGCCAUAUAAAUGUAUUGAAUGUGGCAAGGCAUUUAGACAAUGGUCUGACCUCAGGAUUCACCAAAGAAUUCAUUCUGGAGAGAAACCUUACAAAUGCCAUGAGUGUGGCAAAGCCUUUACUCGGGGCUCUCACCUCACCAAUCAUCAGAUAAUCCACACUGGAGAGAACCUUACAAAUGUACUGAAUGUGGCAAGGUUUUUAGGUAUUGCCUUAAACUCAGGGUUCACCAAAUAGUUCAUUCAUACUUACAAAUGCAAUGCAUAUGACAAAGUUUUAAAUUAGUGCUCACUGUUCAAUAGAUAUAAGAAUAUAUAUCCUGUAGAGAAACCACACAAAUGUAAUGUGUGUGGUAAGGAUUUUACCCAAAGGUCAAAAGUGGGGGUACAUACUAGAGCAAUACCUUACAAAUGCAAUGAGUGUGGAAAAACCUUUAGCUUGAGUUCAAGUAUUGUGCAACAACAGAGAGUCCAUAUUGAAGAGAAACCAUGUAAAUGUAUGUGGCAGAGGCUCUAUCCAGGCCUCCCAAUGCACUAGGCAUCAGAAUAUACAUCUUUAAGAGAAACCACAUAAAUGUAAUGUGCAUGCUAAGGCUUUUAUUCAGAGAUCAAAACUAGUACAUCAGAGGAUUUAUACUGGAGAGCAACCUUACAAAUGUAAUGAGUGUUGUAAGGCUUUUCAUCAAGUGUCUAUACCUCUUAAGUAAUGAAAGAAUUCAUGCAGAACAGAAACUAUGCAAGUAUACUGAACAUGGAAAUACCUUUAAGAAACUGUGUGUCCUCAGGAUUCACCAAAGAAUUUAUAUUGGGGAGAAUCCUUACAAAUGUAAUGAAUUGGUAAAUGCUUUGAGCAAUUCUCAGAAUAGUCCAUAGAUCUGAGAAUCAAUACUAGGAAUAAAUAAGUCUCUAGUUCUCUGAGUUUAACCUGAGAUAUGACAUGCUGCAGAAUAAUUACAAGUCAAAAUAUGUUAAAACUUAUGACACAGUGUAUAUCACAGGGACAAGGACAUGUGUGGAAAUGGCCCAUUAUCUUCAGUAUAUAAAGUAUUUUAUUUAAUUACUUGAGUUUUCUUGAAAAGGCUACAUUUCUAUUUAGGACCUUCAACCUGAAGUUUGAAGUCUGUUGAUCUUAUGCCUUCCAUAGAGGCCUCUCACGAUGUUCUCAAGGAAGGAAUCAAUAUGAUGAAAGGGUCUACUUCAUUAGGUGUGGUUCAUUCAUAUCCAUGUCCCAUGGAAAAAUAAGGACAUUGAAUUGUCAAAUUCAAUAUUGUAUAAAUUAGCAUCAGGGAGGAGCAGAGAAUAACGUAAAACUAUUGUAUGUCAUCAGGCUUAUUAUGUUCAGGGUGCCCUUCUCUAGUCGUGCUACUGUGGGUCAUAGGAAUGAAUGCUUUACCAACUAACCAUGAAACAGAGUAGACCAGGACAUUAGGGAUUGGGCUUUUCAUUGGAGGAGAAUGAUAGGUUACUAGGGACUGAUUAUGUGGUAGAAAUAAAGCAGGGGAAAUGGUGGUCACUUUCUCCAUUGACUGGCAACAGCUGUUGUAUAUCAAUGAUUAAUAAAGUUUAGUCUUGUUCUUGGAAAUUAAAGAACAGUUACCUGAGAAGGGAGUUUAGUCAAAAGAACCAGAAUUGUAUG